AGGUUCAGAUUAGUUUGAGACGUAGACGAAGAUGGCCGUCACAACAAAUGCAGCGUUGGAAGGGAAUAAAACAGUGAAUGUGAAACAUACCUAUAACGAAAACAGUUAUUAUUGGCAUAAGUGCAUUGGCAGACCAGUCGACCGGCAACUGAUUGAAAAUAUGCCCAAAGGUAUUUGUAGAAACCUCCUCGCGGAGCCACCGGAAACAGUCAGAAAAUGGUUGGACAGCUUUGACACGAUUAUCAGUGAUUGCGAUGGCGUCAUUUGGCUGAGCGACAAGGUGAUCGACGGCGCUGUGGACACUAUGCGUCACCUCAAAGCGUUGGGCAAAAAUAUUUUUCUUUGCACCAACAAUUCAACGAAAACACGUCAACAGUUGCUCGAGAGAUCGCGCAGCAUGGGCUUCGAUAUCACCACCGAACAAAUUAUCUCUUCGGCACAUUCGACAGCCGCCUAUCUGAAAGCGCGCAAUUUCCAGCGAAAAGUUUACGUGAUCGGCGCUGCAGGCUUAGCCUCAGAGCUGGACGCUGUAGGCAUCAAGCAUACUGGCGUGGGUCCAGAUGUGAUGCCCAGUAGACUGGGCGAAUACUUGGCAUCUGGUUUUCGUAAAGAUCCUGAUAUUGGUGCUGUGGUUGUUGGUUUUGAUGUGCACUUUAGUUUUUGUAAAAUGAUUAAAGCUGCAGUGUAUUUGGAUGAUCCAAAGUGUUUGUUCAUUGCCACAAAUACAGAUGAACGCUUCCCUAUGCCUGGUAUGGUGAUACCCGAUGCCGGCAGCAUUGUGCGUACUGUGCAGACAUUUUCGGGGCGAGAUCCCAUUGUGAUUGGCAAGCCGAAUAGGAGUAUUUGUGAGUGGUUGAUAGAAGAUGGGCGCAUAGAACCGGCGCGUACACUCAUCAUAGGCGAUUGUUGCAGCAGUGACAUACUGCUGGGUCACAAAUGUGGUUUCCAGACUAUGCUCGUCGGUACCGGUGUACAUCAGUUGAAAGAUGUGGAUAUGUGGCAAAAAUCGCAUAGUCCUGAGGACAAGAAACUAAUACCCGAUGUCUUCUUGCCGAGAUUAAGUGAUUUGCUGGCAUUUAUGUAGCUUCAAGUAAGAAGCGUUUGAUCGAUUUAUGGAAUCUUAGCGUAAAAUAUGACUAUAGUAAAUAAAAUAUAAUUGUUUUUAAUUUAUAUAAAUAAGUAUACAAUUCGAAAAAUAAAGCAGAUUAAGCUACAAUAACAUCUGGAA